AUGAGCCUGCUCGACCCAACCCAACCCGACCCACCAGCCGAGGCCCAGGUCCCCUCUCUCUCAUCUGCUCUGUGUCCAGGAGGGUGGGGCUCCCUUUCCCCAGCCCCUCCAGGCCAGAGUCUGAGAACUGGCUUCAGCCACUGAUCCGUGUCACUGCUCCUUCCGGGCUCCAGUGCUUGGGUUUCGGUUCCCCCACCCCCGGGUGGUGACAGCGCUGGUCAUACUGGCCGGGCAGGUAGCGCGCUCCCACUGUGAUUCACCCACACUUGUGGAUCUGGGGGGGCAGGCAGUCUCCAGGAGCACCAGGCUCCUCGCCCACCGGAAUACGUGGGAAUCGCUUUGUGUGAAACGCCGCGGGCUCCGCCGUGCCCCUGCGCGGGCCCACGAGGCCCUCCUGGAGGACAGCUGCGGGCGGCUCCCGUAACGCACUUCCACAGGUGCAGUGGCUUAAAGCGACGCAGAUGCGCGCGCAGGGUGGAGGGCAGACGUGUCGAGACAGGUGCGCAGGGCUGCUUCCUCCCGGAGGCUCUGGGGAGAAUGUCCUCUCUGCCUUUUCCGGCUUCUGGGGGGGCCUGUCCUCCUGGCUUGUGGCCCCCACAUCACAGCUGGCAGUCCAGCCUCUCUAAUCUGACUCUGACCCCUGCCUCCUCUUCUAGGGACCCUAGGAGGACAGUGGGCCCCCAGAGAGUCCAGGAUCACUGCUCCAACUCGAGACCCUUAGCUCAAUCACGUCUGAAACGUCCCCUUGCCAAGCUCUGCAUGGAAGAUCCAGCAGAAGACCACGCGUGGCUGUCGAACCUCAACCGUGGAGGGGGGCGGGGAGACCAGGCUCCAGUCCAGGCCUCACCCUGGAGACCACACCCCCUAGGGCUUUCCCGGACCGGGUUCCUGGAAAAGAGCCUAGGCCCUGCCCCUGAGCUACGGUAUGGAGGGGCUGCCAUCCCAGGCUGGCCGGUGAGGACAGAAAAAGGGACGAGGCAAGGAGAGGGGAGAAGAUGCAUGGCGGGGUGUGACCUAGCUGGUCAGGCAGCCUGCUGGGCUUCCAGGGCUCCCAUCUCUCCCAUCUUCUCCCCUGGGUCAAAGUCCACCCCGCAGGGGGACACGCCCCUGGGCUUUGGAGGCUUGCUGCCUAGCCUCGCGGCAGGUGUGGGUCCCACUGAAUUGGCCAUUGGUGCCAAAGCUGCCACAGCGGAGGCCAGGGCAGGUUGGGAUGGACAGGCUGGGGAGGCCCAGGGCCUGCAGAGGUGCGCUGGGUGCCGUACGGUGACAGGAAGCCUGAAUCAAAGGAGGGUUCCCCCUCCUCCAUCGUCUGGUCACUUGCCAACCGCCGGCCUGCCAGCCACUGCCAGCUCCGUGCUUGUGGGCACAUGCAGUGGGAGCGCCGGCUGGAAGGGCGUGUGCCUGUGUAGUCCCAAGAGGUCACCAGUCCCCAUGCGGGGCCUACACCUGUUUGCAGUCCCAGCCCGCUAGGGGUUCCAGGCCUCCAGACGUUUGCCAGUGGAGCAGGACAGAGACGGCCUCAGCACGGUUUCACUCUGCUCUUCUCUCAUGAAGGCUGUUACAUGGAGAGCGCCUAGGCGGCUCCGUCAGUGAGCAACUGCCUGCGGCAGGCCGUGAUCCCAGGGUCCUGGGCUCCAGCCCCGCACGGGGUCCCCCCCAGCGGGGAGUCUGCAUCUCCUCCUUCUGUGGCCUCACUCUCUCUCUCUCA